GGCGGUGCUGCUGAUGGCACCGGCCCCUCCGGACCUUCCGCGCCGCUCCCGGCGGGCGCCCGGCCACACGCGGCGGGUCGGGCUUCCCCGCCGGGGCUCCGGGCGGUGCAUGGGAGCUCUUCCCCAGCGGGCACGGGCACGGUCGCGGUCGCACUACCCCCGCCGCCUGCGCGAAGGAGGACGGCGGAGCAUGCCACCGGCGGGGCGGUUCCGCGGGGACUGACAUGCUGCUGAAGGAGGGCAGACGCCAGCCCCUCCGCCUCUCUCCGCGGUAGCGGAGGCGAUGCUGCAGGGCGCUCUCCGGGCUCUCCCGCAGCCGCCAGGCUAUCGCCCACAGCAGCCGCGCUCGCUGCCGUGAGCGGCGCGGCUCUAGCCCGGCUGAGGCGACGAGAGGCGCGGGCCCGCACCCGUGCCCGGGGCGGCGGCGGGGAAGGCGCUGCCCGCGCCCGCGGGUGGCUCCGCGCGGCGGAUGCGUGUGCAUGAGCGCUGCAUCGAGCGGGCGCAGGAAGCGCCCCCGCUCCGCCGCCUCCAUCUUCCAGGGCAGCAGGACGUCGCCGCACGGCCGCGAUAGCGAACGCCGGGGCAGCGGCUCCGAUAGCGCCUACCAGACCCAGAGAACCCUGGACGACUGUAAGAUGCUUGUCCAGGAGUUCAAUACCCAGGUGGCUCUCUAUCGGGAGCUGGUCAUUUCUGUUGGGGAUGUCUCGCUCACCUGUCCUUCUCUGCAUGCAGAAUUGCACAAAACUCGAACCCGAGGAUGUGAGAUGGCCUAUCAGGCUCAUCAAAAACUAGCAGCAAUUUCUGGCCCAGAAGAUGGUGAAAUCCAUCCUGAAAUCUGUAGACUAUAUAUCCAGUUGCAAUGUUGCUUAGAAAUGUACACAACAGAAAUGCUAAAGUCCAUAUGUCUGCUAGGAUCACUGCAGUUUCAUCGGAAAGCCUUGUUUUCCUGGAGAUGGCUGAACACCUGUCUACCCAUGGGAGUGCCUGCCCCAACAGAAGGAGGAGGGGGAGAGAGAGAGUGUCCUAUGGUUUGGAAGAAUGUCAGUGACAGCACUAAAUUGUGGAGUAUCAUUCCUAAAACACAACCAAUAGCAAAAGGAAAAGAACCUUGUGGCCCACCCAAGAUCUUAGAUACUAAAGUGGAAGAGAGUUCUGAAGUACCUAUUUUAGAAGACACGUCAUUAUCACCAACAGAUAUUCAACAGCAUCUAUGGCAGGUUUCCACAGAUAUUGAAAACACUGAAAGAGAUAUGAGAGAAAUGAAAAACCUUUUAAGUAAACUCAGGGAGACUAUGCCUUUACCACUGAAAAAUCAAGAUGAUAGCAGCCUCCUAAACUUGACUCCAUAUCCACUGGUAAGAAGACGGAAGCGAAGAUUCUUUGGAUUGUGUUGUCUUGUCUCAAGUUAGAAGAUUAAGCACAGAAGGACCAAGGAAAUCAUGACUUUGAUUAAACCACUAUUGUUUGACCACUGAAAAGAUGAAAGUGGCUAAUCUUGAUUAUAAAGUAUAUUUUCUACACUGGGCUAUUCAUUUUUGUCUUCUGCUCCAUCCCCCUUUUCAAAUGAGUUUUAAUACUUUCAAAUUAUGGUGGUCAAAAAAUGGCUGUGAAAUAGAUCUAGCAUAUUUAAAACUUUUUAAAGUAUGUUUUGCAUGCUUACUUUCAAUCACUCAAAGAAGACACAUGAAUUAUGAUUCAUAUAUAAUUUUAGAGGGUUUUUUAAAUUGUUUGAGCUGCAGCUAAAAGUUUGUGUGUAGUACAGUAUUCUUACUAGUAUCAUAUUAAAAUCAUACUCUAACAGUCUUUAGGAGAAGAACAUUUGAUCAUUCUCUCAUGGUCUUUAAGCAUAGGAAACUAUUUAAGAGCAAAACUAUUGAAGUUCUAAGACAUUCAAACAAUAUUGUAACAGAAUUUGUACAAAAUCUCCAGUUGCUUUUUGUGCUCUCAUUCAUAUUUAGUCUUCCACUGUAUCUCAACUUCAAAGCUUUAUAGAAAAAUAAUUUAUGAUAAAAAAAAUAUGUAAAUACAGAGAAAUCCUAAUAUCUAUAAACUGUACAAUGCUUAGAAGCCACAAAUUUCCUUUUCAGGCAAUAGUAUACCUACGAGCUUUUGGAAAAAAAUAAUUUAUUUAAAAAAGGUGUAUUAAAACAAACAAAGUAAAACACAACGCCAAUCCAUUUUGUUGCCAGUAGAAUUCAGAGCAUGGUGUCUGCAUAUCAAGUAUUGAUCUUAUAAGGCAUGCCAAAAUUAUCUCAGACUCUUAAGAUACUAAACGUUUUACAUUGUUAAUAAAGUUUUUUAAUUUAAAUUAAAUGUUGUCUUAUUUCUAGUUGUA